CAGCCUCUGAUUCUGAUUGGCUAGAUGGAUUCUCUGAUUGGACUGCAAAACAUCCAACCUUCGGCAGUGUGAUUAUGAUUAAAGAGUUGCACCAAAUACCACUGAGAAAGGGAGCUAGACAAAAGAAUGGGCAGGUCUACAAAGUAAAGUGAGGUAGAUCUAAUUCGUUGUGCACAGGCUGUUGUUUUAUGCGAAGGGUCUGCUGAACAAGAGAAUAAUACGACUGGCUAUACACCUUGGAGACGAAGAUAAACUGGAACCUGAGUUCGUGACGAACAGAAUUUCAUGGUCGUAUUUAAUGUUGUAGUAAACGGUGAUGCUAAGUAUUUUUUCUUUGAAAUAGGUUUCUGUGCAGGAGUCCCUGGAAAGGGUGUGAAUGCUUGGCUGCAGGUUGUACACUCCAUGAUGGAAGCUCCUGCUCCUGCUCCUGCCCAGCCCACAGUAGCUGGCUCUUCUGAUUUCUGGAGGCGGUCGGAGGGGUGUCGGAGGCGGAAAGCUGCCUCCCCAAACAUCUUCCAGGGGGUAAACCUGCGACAGCUGCAGCGCCUCUUCCAGAGGUCAGGGGACCAGCGAGCAGAGCAGAGAGCGGAGCUGGUGUGGGAGCACGGUGAUGAGAGCCAGCUGACUCAGACGCUGAUCGGACUGAGGCGAGGGAGGAGUCGCAGGCACAGGACUGGCCGGGGUGCCCUGGGACCGGUCUGGCUCAAAGCUUUCGGGAAGAUGAGAAUCAAUGAGGGUGAUGCAGAAGUGAAUGAGGAUGAUGAUGAUGGUAAUGAUUAUGAUUCAGGAGCUGAUUCCAGAAGUACUGACACUACUAUAGACGCCCAGUGUGAUGCACUGACUGACAGAGAGGCUGACAGCGAGCAGGACUCAAGCCAGCAAACAAGCUCACCUCAGAGCAGGAGGAGCACUGGGAAGCAGGAAACAGAGCGGGACCCUGAGCGAUACCUCCAUCGCAUCCUGUAUUAACGACAAUGGCAGGAGCACACAAGCACACUACAGAUCCACACCUGCCCAGAGAAUCAGGUUUCCAACCUGAGAGACAGUGCUGGACAGCAGAGACCUAACAGAGUGCCCUGACUGAUUAAUACUAUUAUGACUUGGUCAGCACUGACCAUUACAGUGAAUCUAACAGCAAUAUUUUCUUUUUUUGAACAAAGGAAAGCCUUUGCUUUUAUUAUAACACUAUUUAUUUAUUAUCCCUCUUUCAUCACAACAUUCCAGGUUUCUAAAACUUAAAUUUAGCUGCCAAGUUUGUCAAAUAUCUGUCACUCUUUUAGCAAGAUACUCGUGCCCAAACUACUACUUACAGGGUGAAUUUUCAUGCAAGAGAGGAAACGUACUACAAUACCAGAGAUAUGAAUAUAAGUGUCCCUGAAUCGAGCUGCUAUGUAAAACACUAUUUCUAACCCACUGCCUCAGGUCACAGGACUGAUCAAACUAACAUGUGAAAGAGGAGGGGAGCAUUUAAUUUCCAAAGAUGGGCUAACACUGCUUUUAAAACAGAGUACCGAUGAGGGACACAGACAUAGAGAACAUUUUUAUAUUCCUUGUAGGAGAUUGGUGUGCUGACCAACCCUUACUCAGUGCUUUUAACUGCAUAUACAGUCGUCCAUCGCGUAUCCGCCUGUCACAUAUCCGCCAUGAUCAAUCUCUUCAGCAACGUUAGUUUAUUAUUGAACAGAGAAUAUUAGGUAAGAUAUUGUAGUCUACUAAAGUUUUCAUACACUGUGUUGUAUGUGAUCCGUUUGCUCCCAUUGUUGGUAGUGUCAUGUAAGCUGGUCAGUGUGUUGAUAUGUAAAUAAAUCCUGUUCGUCUACGGGGUGUAUCAACCUCCGUCUCGAUCUCCUGCCUGUCACUCAGCAGCAAAUGCACGCACCCACACGGCAGACGGCUACUGUGUCCCAAGCAUUAAUACCCUGUAUCUUUCUAAGCAAGGGAUUUAGGGGAGCUCCCUAAUAAAAGCUGAAUCUCAAAACAAACAAUAA